GCCUGAUCUCUGUCAUCAUAAAAACAGCAGCGAGUUCCCAUUUCUUGAUAAGUGUGGAAUUGGACCUGUCCAGAAAUGUGGAUACGCCCCAUUUCGAUGCCUGAGAAUUUGGAUUAUAUACUGCCUUCAUGGAGGGGAAAAAUAAGGAAAAUAAUCUUAUCUCUCGCUUCUCUAAUUUGUUUCAUUUUACCUGUUUCUGAUUUAAUUCUUGGGAUUCGAGAUCGAGACGCCUGCUUCCGUCACCGUUGCAGACUUGCAGUCAUCAGUGAGACUUUACAAGAGCAAAUUGACGCUCUUUCUCGCUCGCUCCCUCUCCCUCUCUCUCUCUCUCUCUCUCAGCUUAGAGAAAGUCAGCAAACGCAGCCAGCUCUCCAAUGGCGGACGGUUCAGGGUUCAGUCAUCAACUCGUUGCUUCUCACAGAUUCCCCGAGACGACGUUCGAUUACACGGAGAGAGACGUAGCUGUUUAUGCUCUGGGAAUCGGAGCUUGUGGCCGAGAUGCCGUCGAUGAAGACGAGCUCAAAUAUGUUUACCACGAGAACGGCCAGAAAUCUAUCCAGGUCCUUCCAACAUUUUCUGCUUUGUUUUCGGUGGGAAUAAUGAUGAAAGGGUUGGACAUACCUGGUUUAGAUUAUGAUCCUAGGCUUCUGUUGCAUGGGCAGCAGUAUAUUGAACUUUACCAGCCAUUCCCUUCAAGUGCAUCGCUGGUGAACAAAUCAAGUCUUGCUGGAUUGCAUGACAAAGGCAAAGCUGCUAUUGCUGAAAUUGAGACCAAGACUUAUGAGAAGGGAUCUGGCAAACUACUAUGCAUGGGCAGAUCAACGGCUUUUCUCAGGGGAGCUGGUGGCUUCUCAAAGUCAUCUCAGCCGUAUUCAUACUCCACUUAUCCAAAAGACCAAAUUGGUGCUAUUGAAAUCCCCAAAUCUCUACCCUCAGCUGUGUUUCAAGAUCUUACUCAACCUUCUCAGGCAUUAGUUCUGGAUUCCAUAACUAUUUGUUUUCCCACCUCCAUUUUGCAGGCAUUGCUGUAUCGGCUGUCCGGUGAUUAUAAUCCACUGCAUUCCGAUCCUAACAUUGCUACAGUUGCAGGAUUCUCGCGUCCGAUAUUGCACGGACUGUGCACUCUUGGAUUUGCAGUCCGAGCAGUCAUCAAAUCCAUCUGCAGAGGAGACGCGAAUGCAGUGAAGAACAUUCUAGGCCGAUUCCUCUUACAUGUUUACCCUGGCGAGACUUUGAUCACCGAAAUGUGGCUUCAAGGCUCGAGGGUCUUCUACCAAACAAAAGUGAAAGAAAGAAACCGGGCUGUGCUGGCUGGCUAUGUCGAUCUUCGUCAUAUACCUUCUGCUUUGUAAAUCCAGGGGGAUCAAAAUGUCUGAAAAACAACUGUUGUAGUCCAAUAAAUGUAUGCAUGUGUGUUGUGUGUUGUUAUAGCCUUUUAGUUUGGCACAUUUGUAAUUGUGGAGCUCGUUUGGUCAUCUUUUGUAGUCCAAUAAUGUAUGCAUAUGAGUUACUAUAAGUGAUUUGAUAAAUAACUAAUAACCAAGGGUGGCUUGGAUAUGAGAUUGUUGAAAUACCUCGAUUAAGAGGUAGAUUUGAAUAUUUUUUUUUCUUUGUAUGAUAAGUGAUUCCUAGAUUUUGAUUGUUAUAUAUUGUGAGUGCUCAUUAGAGGUGGAUUCAAAUACAAUAUUGAAUAUUGUGAUGCA